GGACGUUCUCGUUGCCGUCGUCGUCAUGGUUUGCUUAAGCUCCCUAUUAUUCGCCGAAGGCGAAGUGAACAUUGGUGGAUCUUUACCGAAGCUAAGUCGAGGUAAAUAUUCACUGAGCCUGAGGCGAAUAAUUGUUAAAAAUGUCUAAUGCAACUAAUCAACAUAUUUUCACGGAGUUUCUCUGUGAAAUUAUAGAGAAAUUAAGCGCUGAACCCGUGAUGAAUGCAAUUCUUUUCAUGUUAAUAUACAAAACUAAUGGUGGGGAAAUUUAAGCAAAUCUUUUCAAAUUAUGUAAAAACUGGAUAAGCAUCGAUCAGGCGUGGACGUAAAAACUUUUUGUCAAUGACGGUCAAACCAAAGGUGCUUUCCACGUAGACGUAGCUAGAGUAGACUAAAUUACUUGUUCAAUAAUUUCUAUGUUUGAUAUGCUGAUAAUAAAACGUGAAUGAAUUAAUGAUACGAAUUUGCAGUCUUCUUUUUUCGCCGCAUAAUUCAAAUUAAACUGAUGCUAUCAAGAAAAGUGACAGGUGCAGUGACGGCGACGCUUCGUUUUAAAAUUCCGCGAAGACCUGGGGCAUAUGUUUUGUUUUGUUUAUUUUCGGGGUGGGACAAGUUGAUUUUGGAGCACGAAUAAAGCUUCGGUUCUACACAUUUCGAAUUUAUUCCGCUGAAGGGCUGGAUUAACACAGUAAUGGCCCUUACGAUCUGUGUUAAGGGUUCGAACGAUAGCCGUAAAGUUCACAAGGAACUGGGAGACUGUCCCACCAGUCAGCGAAUUCUCAUGAUUUUGCGACUGAAGAAGGUUGUUCCUCCUUUCAAGGAAUACUUCGUCGAUCCAAAUAAAAAGGACACGAAGAAAUGGGAAGAGUUUGUAGGAAUGUCGCAGGGCCGAUUAAAACUGCCUGUUCUGCUACACGGAGAUUUAGAGCCGAUGGAAGAUUCGGACAGGAUCGAGAUGUACUUAGACGAAACCUUUGAGCCAAGCCUCAAGAGUAAAAACGAGAAAGCAAACAACGCUGGCCGCGAUCUGUAUUCAAAGUUCGCGUUGUUUAUGCGAAACAACAACCCUGAGAAAGACGAGAAACUCCGAGACGCGCUCAACAAGGAACUCACAAAAUUGAACGAGUUUUUAGAUUCCGUGGAAAGUCCCGGCAAAUAUCUGGACGGAGACGAGUUGAAGCUACCAGAUUGCAAUUUAUUGCCUAAACUAAUGCAUGUCAAGGUGGCCGGCGAACUGAAAGGAUUGGAAUUAAAAAAUUUCCAAUUCGUCGUGGAAUAUCUGGAGAAAGCGUCUCAACAGAACGCGUUCAAAGAUACAUUCACAGACAGCGUAAAGAAGGACAUCGAGGCGGGCUGGAGAAAGAAAAUGGGGAAUUCAGCGGCCGGUUGUAAUUCUCGGAAGUAAACCCACCGUCGUUGCAGACGUUUUGAUAGAGAUUUUUAGAGUAUAGUGUAGUAUCUCAAUUUUGUAGAAUAAAUUUCAAGGAAUUUUCGAAUUGAGGAUUUUCUGAAAUCGUAAGCGACGUUGGAGCUUUUUAAAGUGUUGGAACUUAACGAGUUUUGAAGCGAAACUUGAGGGGAUGGCGCUUCUAACGACAUUUCGCUAAAGAUCUGUCACGCUUGAAAUUAAAGGCAUUGUCUAAACGGAAGGCCAACAUUUGCAAAUUAGCAAGUAGCAGUUAUCAUUUCACUUUUGUGUUUUUCAUGUCGUUUUUUCGAAAUUCACAAGUUUUUGCAUCCGAAUAUCGCAACAAACAUUUCGAUCAUUUGCAAAGCUCGACAUAUUUUUCACCAACAGAACCGCAAAAAUCGUUCUCAUUUUCAAAGUUGAAAACAGUAAAUUAUUCAUUUGGAAAGCACACUUGUAUGGGGUCGAACGUGCGAAAACAAUACGCGAAUUAAUUCUUUCUUUCUUUCUUUUUUCUCUUUUUUUGGGGGGAGAAAAAAAAAUUAACUUUUACAAUUGAACAAUGUACUGCACAUCCUUGAAAAGACUGAAAGAAAUAAAGAAUUAAAGCAACUCAGACGUUUCAAUAUUGGAAAUAAAAUUAUGCAAAUAGAA